AUGAGAUACUUCUGUAUGAGAAUCGCUGUAAUAUUUUUUGUUAUUCUUGGAACAAUAGCAAAAGUCUCGAAGAAGGACACACCAACUUGUUUGAAAUAUGGUGGUCUAAACAAUGAGAUGCACCGAGUGCUCCAAAAACAUUUGAUACAUCAUCAUUUCAAAGUAUUGUUGAAAAAAAGUUGCAACUAUGCACUUAGAAGUAAAUAUUUUGUUGGAAAGAAGCCAUAG